GAAGAGGCAGAGCUGGAGCAGUCUCAUUAUGGCUGACCUGGAGAGUCCCCGAACAGGGCAUCUGUCCUCAGGCAAAUCUAAGCGCUCCAGUUCAGGGAAGGGCCAUUCUAAGGGCGAGAGUGCAGCGGCCUCACCAGUCCCAAAUGAGUCCUUCCUAGAAGGUUCAGAAACUGAGCCUCCAGUGGGUGAUAUUCAAGAGGAGACUGACCAGACCUUUUUAGCAGUGCCAGAGGAAGAGGAUCCACACAUCAAAAGCCUUAGGGAGCUGUUUAAGAAAUGUGUGGCUUUGAAGGGUGUAACUGAGGCUUCCUGGUCAGACGAAAAUAACAGAGCCGUGGACAAGUUCAUCACAGAUGCCACAAUCAGGAUUCUCAUUAUCUACCGUGACCCUUUUGCUGGCCUGUCUGUGCAGUACGCCAUGCCAAGCCAGGUGGUGGAGCAGCUGGCCUACUUCAUACGUGAGGAGGAGUCGGUGAUUACGGAGGAGAGUUUCGAGAGCUGUUUGCAGUUUGGCACAGUGAGGGGAGGGGCUAUGGAGAGCCUGCUGAGGCUGAUGAGUGGUGUGCAUGCGCCACAGGUCAUCUUCAGUACAGCCUGGCCAGAGAGCAUCAAGAACAUCUACUCAGCACACAUGGACCGCUUCCUCACCACCCUCACAGAUAGCCGGUUUAGACUUGUGGGAAACACGGUGCUUUACAUCCCCAUGGAAGCCCUGCAGCGCAGCCCAGAGGUGGCUGCCAGGGACAAAGCUCUGGUGCAGAGGCUGGAGGUGGUGAUGAUCCAUUGGACUCGUCAGAUGAAGGAGGUGCUAAAUGCACAGGAGAUGAUAGAGAUGGUAGACAGCUCUGGUCCUCUGGAGGAGCUUGCCUUCUGGAGGAGUCGUUGUGACGACCUCUCUGGCAUCAUCCUGCAGCUCCAGAAACCCGGAGUUUGCCACAUCCAGGCCACACUGCAGCACUGCAAGUCCUCUUAUGUGCCUCCAUUCUGCAGACUAACCAAGCAGAUCCAGGAUGGCUCAUUGCAGGCCCAGUCUAACCUGUCCUUCCUGUUGCUGCUGAAAGAGCCAUGUGAGGAGCUGGCCCAGCUCAAACCUCCCCAGGUCACACCCAAGCUGGCCCACAUCCUUAACCUCAUCCGCAUCAUCUGGGUCAACUCCGUCUACUACAACACGCGUGAGAGGCUCACGUCACUCUUCCGCAAGAUGAGUAAUGAGAUCAUCCGGCUAUGCUGCAGAGAGAUCUCACUGGACAGGAUCUUCCAGGGCUACGUGAUCUCCAGUAAACAGACCCUCAGUGACUGCCUCCAGUGCUGCCUCUGCUGGAAGGAGCUCUACCUUCAUACCUCCCAGCUGCACCACAAAUAUUCGUCAGUAGGGUGGGUGCUGGACCAGACCAGUAUCUUCGCUUUGGUGGAUGCCUUUGUGCAGAGAUGUAAAGAUCUUCUUGAGGUGUGUGAGUGUCAGCAGCAGUUUGCCCGUCGCAUGGAGGGUGAGCAGAUGCCUUUGCCAUGCUUUGCAGGGCAGCGAGGGGCAGAGGUCACCAGGAACCUGCUGGAGAUUGAGGCCACCUUCGACAAGAGUCUGCAGAUCCUGCACUCUGUGAGCAAGGGCAUUCUGGAUGUCAAAAACACCUCCUGGCACGACGACUACAACAGGUUCCGAGCAGGUGUAAAGGAUCUCGAGGUGAUGAUGCAGAACUUGAUCACCUCAGCAUUUGAGACAGUCAGUUCCGUGGAGGAAGGUGUUCAACUUCUUGAUGUCUUCCAGCACCUGUCUGCUCGAGAGGCCAUUAAGCGGACUAUAGACAGAAAGACAUUGGAUGUGUACUCUCUGUUCAGUAAGGAGUUGUAUCUGGUGAAUAAGGAGUUGAGCUGCAAGGUGUUCCACACUCCUGCUCACAUGCCUUGCAAUGCUGCCCAGGCGCACCGGGCCCAGGCACUGCGCCACCGCACAGAGAGACCAAUGGAGGUCCUGCAGCAUGCUUACUUCCUACCCCACACUGGCAGUUGGGAGGAGGCGUGUGUGGCUCACAGACAGCUGGUGCAGCAGCUGGAUGAGCUGGUCAGGAGGAUGUUCAGUGAGUGGAGCCAGAGCCUGGACCGCCACAGCCUCAAGAGACUGGAGCAGCCGCUCAUGGUCCGCUGCAAGGAGAAACCAGGCAUGCUGGACGUCAACUUUGACAAGAACCUCCUGAAGAUGUUUAAUGAGAUUCAUUACUGGGAGCGACUGCUGUUUGAGAUUCCACACUACGUAUCUGAAGUCUACCAGCGCAGAGAUGAUCUGCGUACUCUGAGGGAGAGUGUGCUGCUGGUGGUUAGAGAUUACAACAGGAUUAUUGAGGCCCUUUCCACAGACGCGCUGGGCCUGUUCCGGGACCGGAUCCGCUAUCUGGAUAAAAAGCUCCAGCCGGGCCUGUCCAGACUGUUGUGGUCGUCCAAAGGAGCAUCCGGCUUCUUCAUCAGCGACUGCAGACUGCAUGGCAGCAAGGUGCAGUUAAUGGUAGAUGAGUAUAAGGCUGCUAACCUGGCUAUCUCUAAGCACUGUGCUGAGAUGAGAGAGUUACUGCUGGUGCGUGUGGAUGGCAGGACAGUGUACAGAGACCUGGAGUUUGAGGAGGACCAGCAGAGCCAUCAGCAGAGCCAGCUGCUCCGACUCCAAGCUGAACAUCACGACAUCGUCAGCAUCUUGAACCGGGUCUACGAGACCUUCCGCACUGAUGGGCCAGAGGUGCAGCAACACUGGGUGACAUACACUGAGAAGAUAGACCGUAUGGUGGAGGAGUCUUUGCGUCUGAACAUUAAGUGGUCCCUGCUGGAACUCUGUAAAGCAAUCAAUGGAGACAGCAAGACUUCUCCUAACCCUCUAUUCAGAGUACAGGUGGUUUUGAGACAGGAUAUGCCAGGGUCUCCUCCUCAGAUGGAGUUUUCCCCCUCUCUGCAGAAACUGGCUCAGAUAGUGACCAGUAUCAGCUCCCAGUUUAUCAGUACUGUCUCGGUGUUCAAACGGCUUCCUGACCUGCUCACGCACAAGCGCUCACAGAGAAAACCUAUCCACAAUAUCAUCGAGCAGGACGAGGAGAUCUGUAAGAUCCAGGCUGCAGUAUCUGCAGGCAUGUCGGCUAACGCGGCUCACCUGCAGGCCUACCUGAAGACCUGGGACAAGCACCGCAAGAUCUGGGAGAUCAACAAAGACUCCUUCAUCCGCCGCUACCAGCGUGUCAACUACCCCGUGUCGUCCUUCGACGCUGACAUAGCCAGGUACACAGAAGUGGCAAAUAAUGUCCAGAAGGAGGAGACAGUGCUGAAUGUGCAGUUUGUGCUGCUGGACUGCGCCCCGCUGAAAUUCUCACUGGUGCAGCACUGUAAUGAAUGGCAGGGCAAAUUCACCCAGCUCCUCAGCCUUAUGGCUAGCACCAGACUCAGAGAGCUGCACUGCUUCCUGCAGGACAAUGCACAGAGACUUUCUCAGUCUCCUCAGACUCUGGUAGAACUGGGUGAGAGCCUGAAGCUGCUAGAGACUUUGCAGGGAGAUGUGAGUAAGAUCGAGAGCCAGAUUCCUCCAAUCCAUGAACAGUUUGCCAUCCUAGAGAAAUAUGAAGUCACCGUGGAACAAGACAUUCAGGAAAUGCUGGAGGCUCUGAACGGGGAGUGGCUGUGGUUCCAGCAGGUAUUGAUUGACAGUGACAUCAUGCUGAAGAAAACCAAGGACAAGUUCAAGAGCAGUCUCAUCUUCUCUGCUGAGGAGUUCAAAAAAAAGAUGCAGACCACCUUGCAGGACUUCAGCAGUGCAGGUCCCUUUGGCAGUAAUGUAAGCUCUGAGGCAGCCCUUGAGCAGAUCGCUGUACUGCAAGUCCAGCUGGAAUCUCUAAAGGAGGAGGAAGGCACAAUAAGGCACGGCCUCAGCAUCUUCAAGAUUGAACAGCCCACUUCCAAAGACAUCCAGAGCCUGGAGAAGGAUCUAGACCAUCUGCAGCAGGUAUGGGAGAUCUCUCAGCAGUGGGAUGCUCACUGGAAUGAAUGGAAGACUGGCGAGUUUGCCCUUCUACAGACAGAGAACAUGGAAAACACAGCACAAACCAUGUUCAAGAAACUCCACAAACUUAGCAGAGAUCUUAAGGAUAAACAAUGGGAUAUAGUGGAGUUCUCCAAGAACAGGAUUGAGCAGUUCAAGAGAACUAUUCCACUAAUCUUGGACCUGAGGAAUCCAGCCAUGAGGGAGAGGCAUUGGAACCAGAUCAAGCACGAGGUGCAGCGCUCCUUUGACCAGAACAGUGCGGACUUCACACUGGAGAAGAUUGUGGCUCUGGGCCUGGACCAGCAUGCCGAGCACAUCUAUGAGAUCUCUACAGCUGCCAGCAAGGAGCUCUCCAUAGAGCAGUCACUGGAGGGAAUCACCAAGACCUGGGAAGACACGUGCCUGGACAUCAUUCCCUACAAAGACAAAGGUCACCACAGGUUGAGAGGCACAGAGGAGGUGUUCCAGGCUCUGGAGGAUAACCAGGUGACUCUGUCCACUAUGAAAGCUUCUCGCUUUGUCAAGGCUUUUGAGAGAGAGGUGGACCACUGGGAGCGAUGCCUCUCUCUAGUGCUGGAGGUCAUAGAGAUGAUCCUCACUGUCCAGAGACAGUGGAUGUACUUGGAGAACAUCUUCUUAGGGGAGGAUAUCGCAAAGCAGCUGCCUCACGAGUCCGCCGAGUUUGAUGACAUCAACUGCAGCUGGAAGACCAUCAUGGAGCGACUGAAUAAGGACAACAACGCUCUGAGAGGAACGCACCACCCAGGUCUCCCUGAAAAGCUGUCUGAGAUGAACACUAGGCUGGAGGAGAUACAGAAGUCACUAGACAUGUACCUGGAGACGAAGCGACAGAUCUUCCCUCGGUUCUACUUUCUGUCCAACGACGACCUUCUAGAGAUACUGGGCCAGUCACGCAACCCAGACGCAGUACAGCCUCACCUCAAAAAGUGCUUCGACAACAUCAAGAGUCUGCGUAUCAGCAAGGUGGGGAUCAGCAGUAGCAGGUCUGAGGCUGGUGGCAUGUUCUCUGCUGAUGGGGAAUUUGUGGAAUUCACUCAUCCUGUUCUUCUAGAGGGGCCAGUUGAGGCAUGGCUGUGUGAUGUCCAGCGGACCAUGCGUUGGACACUGAAGGACAGUCUAAAGAAUUGCUGCAUAGCUCUCAAAAAAAUGACUGGAAAAAGGGACAAGUGGAUUAAAGAUUGGCCUGGACAGAUGGUGAUAACAGCCAGUCAGAUCCAGUGGACCACAGAUGUCACUAAAACUCUGAUUACAGGGAAAGAGAGAGCAGACAAAUCUGCACUCAAAUCCCUGAAGAAGAAACAGGUAGCCAUGCUGCACCGCUACUCCCAGGCCAUCAGAGGAAACCUCUCCAAGAUCCAGCGCCUCAAGAUCGUCGCCUUGGUUACGGUGGAGGUCCAUGCCCGCGAUGUCAUCGACAAACUGGUCAAAGCAGGCUGCUGCGACGUCAAUUCCUUCGACUGGCUAUGCCAGCUUCGCCUCUACUGGGAUAAGGAAGUGGACGACUGCAUUAUCAGGCAAACCAACACACGCUUCCUGUACGGCUACGAGUACCUUGGCAACUCUGGCCGCUUGGUCAUCACCCCUCUCACUGACAGGUGCUACAUGACUCUGACCACAGCCCUGUACCUGCACCGUGGGGGCUCCCCUAAAGGUCCUGCCGGCACGGGCAAGACAGAGACGGUGAAGGACCUGGGCAAAGCGCUGGGCAUGUACGUCAUCGUGGUCAACUGUUCUGACGGCUUGGACUUCAAAUCCAUGGGCCGCAUGUACUCUGGCCUUGCUCAGACUGGCGCAUGGGGCUGUUUUGAUGAGUUUAACCGCAUUAACAUUGAGGUACUGUCAGUAGUGGCCCAGCAGAUACUCUCCAUCCUCCUAGCUCUGUCUGCAGGUGCCAGCAGUUUCUUCUUUGAGGGCAGAGAGAUUUGCCUGACUUGGUCCUGUGGCAUCUUCAUCACCAUGAACCCUGGCUACGCUGGUCGUACUGAGUUGCCUGAUAAUCUGAAGUCCAUGUUCAGGCCCAUCUCUAUGGUGGUCCCUGACUCCACCCUCAUCGCAGAGAUCACUCUCUUUGGAGAAGGCUUCAACAACUGCAAGGUGUUGGCUAAGAAGGUGUUCACACUGUACUGUUUAGCAGUGCAACAGCUGUCUAAGCAAGAUCAUUAUGACUUUGGCUUGCGUGCACUCACCUCUCUGCUUCGCUAUGCUGGCAAGAAGCGCAGGGUCUACCCCGAUGUUGCAGAUGAAGAGAUCCUGCUCAUGUCUAUGAAAGACAUGAACAUUGCUAAGCUGACCUCCAUUGACCUCCCCCUGUUUAACGGGAUUGUCCAGGACCUGUUCCCUGCCGUGGACAUGCCCACUAUUGACUAUGGCAAGCUGAAGGAGACCAUAGAGGCAGAGCUUCAUCAGGCUGGUUUGCAGGUCACACCCUUCACUGUGACAAAAGUCAUCCAGCUGUAUGAAACCAAAAAUUCACGCCACUCCUCCAUGAUCGUGGGCAAGACAGGCAGUGCCAAGACGGUCACCUGGAGGACCUUGCAGAGUGUCCUGAGCACCAUGCAUCACAAGGGUGAACCCGGCUUCCAGCUCGUCCGUGAGUGUCCUCUGAACCCCAAAGCAGUGAGCCUUGGAGAACUGUAUGGAGAAUACGACCUCUCUACCAACGAGUGGACCGACGGCAUUCUGUCCUCUCUCAUGAGAGCUGCCUGUGCAGAUGAGAAGCUGGAUGAGAAGUGGAUUGUGUUUGAUGGGCCAGUGGAUACUUUGUGGAUUGAAAGCAUGAACUCAGUCAUGGAUGACAAUAAAGUCCUGACGCUUAUCAAUGGAGAGAGGAUCUCCAUGCCUGAACAGGUUUCCUUGUUGUUUGAGGUGGAGGAUCUGGCUGUAGCUUCCCCAGCGACGGUGUCGCGCUGUGGGAUGGUUUAUAAUGACUACUCCGACCUGGGCUGGAGGCCCUUCGUUCAGUCCUGGCUUGACAAGCGCCAGAAGUUGGAGGUAGAUCUUCUGAAACGUCUGUUUGACAAAUACAUAGAGAAGACUAUAAGCUUCAGGAAGGCUCACUGUAAGGAGCUGGUAGCCAUCACUGAACUAAACGGAGUCAUCUCACUCUGUAGACUCUACGACUCCAUGGCCAGCCCUGACAACGGGGUGAACCCUGCAGACAGUGAGAACUGUGGCCGCAUGGUAGAGCUCUGGUUUAUCUUCAGCCUGAUCUGGUCUGUGUGCGUGUCUGUGGACGAGGAUGGCCGCAAGAAGAUUGACAACUUCCUGCGAGAGAUGGAGGGCACCUUUCCUAACAAGGACACCAUCUAUGAGUACUACGUGGACACUAAGAACAAAACGUGGGCAUCAUUCGAGGACAGGCUGCCCAAGGGCUGGCGCUAUGCCUCCAAUGCUCCAUUCCAUAAGAUCAUGGUUCCUACUGUGGACACAGUGCGGUAUAAUUUCCUGGUGAAGGCUCUGGUGUGUGGCAAGUACCCAGUUUUGCUGACAGGUCCUGUGGGUACGGGGAAAACGUCAGUGGCCCAGAGUGUCCUGCAGGGCCUGGAUCCAUCCAAAUGGUCAAUGCUCACCAUCAAUAUGUCCUCUCAGACCACUUCCAACAAUGUACAGGCCAUUAUAGAGUCGCGAGUGGAGAAGCGCACCAAAGGCGUGUAUGUGCCGGUGGGCGGGAAGAGGAUGCUGGCAUUCCUGGAUGACCUGAACAUGCCGGCAGUGGACGACUUUGGUUCCCAGCCCCCUCUGGAGCUGCUGCGGCUCUGGAUUGACUACGGCUUCUGGUACGACCGGAAGAAACAAACCCUCAAGUGUGUCAAGGAUAUGUUCCUUCUCGCAUCCAUGGGGCCUCCUGGUGGAGGGAGAACUCAUAUUUCCAGCCGUCUGCAGAGCCGCUUUAAUCUCAUCAAUAUGACUUUCCCUGUGGAGUCUCAGAUCAAGCGUAUCUAUGGCACCAUGAUCAACCAGAAAUUGCAGGAGUUUGAGGAGGAGGUGAAGCCCAUUGGAAGUGUUCUGACUCAGGCCACACUAGAGCUGUACUCUGCCAUCAUCAGCCGCUUCUUACCUACUCCUGCCAAAAUACACUACCUCUUCAACCUCAGAGACAUCUCCAAGGUGUUUCAGGGUCUACUACGAGCUCACAGAGACUUCCAUGACACAAAGCAUAGCAUCACUCGCCUGUGGAUACACGAAUGCUUCAGGGUUUUUUCAGAUCGGCUGGUGGACCGGGAAGAUAUGGAGGCAUUUGUGGGGCUGUUAGCUGAGAAACUAGGCUCUCUUUUUGAUCUCACGUACCACAGCAUCUGUCCUAACAGAGAGCCACCUAUAUUUGGUGAUUUCCUGAGGGAGCCUCAUGUUUAUGAGGACCUGCUAGACUUUAAAGCUCUGAAGGGCUUCAUGGAGUCUCAGCUGGAGGACUACAAUCUCACACCUGGAGUGGUCCCCAUGAGCCUGGUGCUCUUCCGAGACGCCAUUGAGCAUGUGACACGCGUGGUGCGUGUGAUCAGUCAGCUGAGGGGUAACAUGCUCUUGGUGGGCAUUGGAGGCUCUGGGAGGCAAAGCCUGUCCCGACUGGCCACCUACAUCUGUGACUACCUGCUCUUCCAGGUGGAAGUCACCAAGCAGUACCGCAAGCAGGAAUUUAGAGAGGACAUUAAGAAGCUGUACAGGUUGACUGGAGUGGACAACAAGCCCACAGUUUUCCUGUUCAAUGACACUCAGAUUGUGGAUGAGUCCUUUUUAGAGGACAUCAACAACAUCCUCAGCUCUGGAGAAGUGCCCAACCUCUACAAGCAGGAUGAGUUUGAGGAGGUCCAGAGUGCCCUCUCCGACUCGGCCAGGAAGGACAAUGUUCUGGAGACACCCGACUCCAUGUUUCACUACCUGAUAGAGCGUGUGAGAAACAACCUCCACAUAGUGCUCUGUAUGAGCCCUGUAGGAGACCCCUUCAGGAAUCGUAUUCGACAGUACCCAGCACUGGUCAACUGCACUACCUUAGACUGGUUCUCGGAAUGGCCUCAAGAUGCUCUGCUGGAAGUGGCUGAGAGAUGCCUCGAUGGACUGUUUCUGGGGAAUGUGGAAGGAAUCCAGACCAAAAUGGCCAGUAUCUUUGUGACUAUGCACCAGUCAGUGGUCCAGUUCUCUCAGAGGAUGAAGUUAGAGCUCAAGAGGCACAACUAUGUCACACCCACAAACUACCUGGAGCUGGUGUCUGGUUAUAAAAAGUUGUUGGCUGAGAAGCGCAGUGUGCUUGGUGAGCAGGUGUCUAAGCUGAGGAACGGCUUGUUCAAGAUUGACGACACACGCAGUAAAGUGGAAGCCAUGUCUGUGGAGCUGGAAGAUGCCAAAAAAAAAGUGGCUGAAUUCCAGAAGCAGUGCGAGGAGUACCUGGUCAUCAUUGUACAACAGAAGAGAGAGGCAGAUGAACAGCAGAAGGCUGUGAGUGCUCACAGUGAGAAGAUCGGAGCAGAAGAGAUCAAGUGCAAGGCAAUGGCUGAUAAUGCUCAGAAAGAUCUAGAUGAAGCGCUGCCUGCUCUUGAGGAGGCCAUGAAGGCCCUGGAGUCCCUGAAUAAGAAGGAUAUGACAGAGAUCAAAUCCUACGGUCGACCGCCAGCGCUGGUAGAGACUGUAAUGGAGGCAGUCAUGAUCCUGAGAGGAUGUGAUCCCACCUGGGCUGAGGCAAAGAGACAGCUGGGUGAAUCAAACUUCAUUAAGCAGCUGGUGCACUUUGAUAAGGAUAACAUUUCAGACCGUGUGCUGAAGAAGAUAGGCCAGUACUGCACACAGCCUGACUUCCAGCCUGAGAUCAUCGGCCGAGUCUCACUGGCUGCCAAGUCCCUCUGCAUGUGGGUCAGAGCCAUGGAGGUGUAUGGGCGUAUCUACCGUGUGGUGGAACCAAAGCGAGCUAGGCUGCAAGGAGCCAUGACUCAGCUAGCUGAGAAACAGGCUGCACUGGCUGAGGCUCAGGCCAAACUCAGAGAGGUGGGAGAAAAGCUGGACCUGCUGAAGAGGCAGUAUGAUGAGAAGCUGACUCAGAAAGAGGAGCUGAGGAAAAAGUCAGAAGAUAUGGAGCUCAAACUGGACCGAGCUGGAAAACUGGUGUCUGGCCUGGCAGGAGAGAGAGUACGCUGGGAAGAGACAGUAAAGGGCCUGGAGAAGGACAUGGGCUACCUGGUGGGAGACUGUCUGCUGGCUGCUGCGUUUCUCUCCUACAUGGGCCCCUUCCUCUCCAACUAUAGAGACGAGCUGCUCACCACCAUCUGGAUGAAACAGUUCAUGGAGUUGGAGAUUCCAUGCUCUCUGAGUUUCAACUUCGCCGGGUUUCUCUCAAAGCCGACGGCCGUGCGUGACUGGAACAUCCAGGGCCUUCCCUCCGACAUGUUCUCCACUGAGAAUGGAGUAAUUGUCACCCGUGGCAACCGAUGGCCGCUAAUGGUGGACCCUCAAGGACAAGCACUGAAGUGGAUUAAGAACAUGGAGUCUAAAAGAGGACUGAAGGUGACAGACCUCCAGAUGUCAGAUUUCUUACGGGUUUUGGAGAACGCCGUGCAGUUCGGUUCUCCAGUUCUUCUUCAGAAUGUACAGGAGGAGCUGGACCCUUCACUGGCCCCCAUACUUAACAAGUCUCUCACACAUGUUGGUGGAAGACUCUUGAUGAAACUGGGAGAUAAAGAGGUUGAGUACAACCCAGAGUUCCGUUUCUACAUCACCACUAAACUGUCCAAUCCACAUUAUACACCAGAGAUCUCCACCAAAACUACCAUCGUUAAUUUUGCUGUGAAGGAACAGGGUCUGGAGGCUCAGCUUUUGGGCAUAGUGGUACGUAAGGAGCGUCCUGAGCUGGAGGAACAGAAAGAUACUUUGGUGAUGAACAUUGCCUCUGGAAAGAGGAAACUGCAGGAGCUGGAGGAUGAGAUUCUCCACUUGCUAAACGAGGCGACAGGCUCUUUGCUGGACGAUGUGCAGCUGGUGAACGCUCUACAGACCUCCAAAGUCACCGCCACCGAGGUGUCAGAACAACUGGAGAGCAGCGAACAGACGGAGAUCAAAAUCGAUACUGCCAGAGAGGCCUACCGGCCCUGUGCACAGCGUGCGUCUGUCCUCUUCUUCGUGCUGAACGAUAUGGCCCGUAUAGAUCCCAUGUACCAGUUCUCUCUGGAUGCCUACAUAGACCUAUUCAACCUGAGCAUUGAGAAGAGCCCACGCAACCACAAACUGGAGGAGAGGAUCACCAACCUCAACGACUACCACACCUAUGCAGUCUACAGGCAUACCUGCCGUGGCCUGUUUGAGUGCCACAAGCUGCUCUUCAGCUUCCACAUGUGUGCAAAGAUCCUGGAGGUGGCAGGCAAGCUCAACAUGGAUGAGUACAGCUUCUUCCUGCGCGGGGGGCUGGUCCUGGAUAAGGAAGGGCAGAUGGAUAAUCCAUGCACUAGUUGGCUGGCUGACUCUAACUGGGACAACAUUACUGAGCUGGACAAACUGGCGAACUUCCAUAGGAUCAUGGCUUCCUUUGAGCAGUACCCACGAGACUGGAACCUGUGGUAUACGAGCUCAGAGCCAGAGCACGCACCACUACCUGGGGAGUGGGAGAAUGGGUGUAAUGAGUUGCAGAAGAUGUUGAUAGUGCGUUCUCUAAGACAGGACCGCAUAUCUUUCUGCGUCACCUCCUUCAUCAUCAACAACCUGGGCCCCCGCUUUGUAGAGCCACCCGUCCUUGACAUGAAGGCUGUGGUAGAGGACUCCACCGCUAGGACGCCACUGAUCUUCGUGCUGUCCCCUGGUGUGGACCCCACAGCUGCGCUGGUGCAGCUGGCAGAGACGUUGGGCAUGGGUCGCCACUUCCAUGCCCUCUCCCUGGGACAGGGCCAGGCUCCCAUCGCCACGCGUAUGAUCAAAGAGGGCGUGAAGAAUGGUCACUGGGUGUUCCUGGCUAACUGCCACCUGUCUCUGUCAUGGAUGCCCCAGCUGGAUAAGCUGGUGGAGCAGCUGCAGGUGGAGAAUCUACACCCAGACUUCAGACUGUGGCUGAGCUCCUCACCUCACCCAGACUUCCCCAUCGCCAUACUGCAGGCUGGCAUCAAGAUGACCACAGAGCCACCGAAAGGCCUGAAAGCCAAUAUGAAGAGGCUGUACCAGCUGGUGACGGAGGCAAAGUUCUCGCGCUGCACACGUCUUGUCGUCUAUCGCAAGCUGCUCUUCGCCCUCUGCUUCUUCCACAGCGUCCUGCUGGAGCGCAAGAAGUUCCUCCAGCUCGGCUGGAACAUCGUCUACAGCUUCAACGACUCCGACUUUGAGGUGAGCGAGAACUUAAUGAGUCUGUAUUUGGAUGAGUAUGAGGAGAUCCCCUGGGAUGCUCUGAAGUACCUCAUCGCUGGGGUCAACUAUGGAGGUCACGUUACAGAUGACUGGGACCGUCGACUCCUCACUACAUAUAUCAGCGACUACUUCUGUGAGGGCACAGUCAACACACCUUUCUUUAAACUGUCCUCUCUGCCUACCUAUUACAUCCCUCGUGAUGGGCCACAGGCCAGCUAUCGGGAAUACAUCAACCUGCUUCCACCAGUGGAGCACCCAGAAGUGUUUGGCCAGCACCCCAACGCUGACAUCGCCAGCCAGAUCUCUGAGACGCGAACGCUCUUCGACACGCUCCUCUCUCUCCAGCCACAGGUCACCAGCUCCACAGCCACCAGAGCAGGACCCAGCCGUGAGGAAAAGGUAUUGGAACUCUCUGCUGAUGUGCGUCAGAAGAUCCCAGCACAGGUGGACUAUGAGAGUACACGUAAAUUGCUGCAAGACAACCCUUCACCUCUUAAUGUGGUACUGCUGCAAGAGAUCCAGAGAUACAACAGUCUACUCCACACCAUCAGGACAUCUCUGACACAGUUGGAGAAGGGCAUUAUGGGUCUUGUUGUGAUGUCCAGUAGUCUGGAGGAGAUAUUUCAGUGUAUACACGAUGCUCGUGUGCCUCCUCUCUGGGAGAAGGCCUACCCGUCUCUGAAGCCUUUGGCGUCGUGGACAAGGGAUCUGGGCCAGAGGGUGGAGCAGUUUGCACGUUGGGCGGAGACGGCACACCCUCCUCUGCUCUUCUGGCUUUCUGGCUUCACCUUUCCCACAGGCUUCCUCACAGCAGUACUGCAGUCCUGCGCACGGCAGCACAAUGUGUCUGUGGACACGCUUUCUUGGGAGUUUAUUGUUUCUGCAGUAGAUGACAACAACUUGCUUUUCCCUCCCAAGGAUGGUGUGUUUAUUCGUGGCCUGUAUCUAGAGGGGGCUGGCUGGGAUAAGAAGAACUCCUGUCUGGCCGAGGUAGAGCCCAUGCAGCUGGUCUGCCCCAUGCCCACCAUCCACUUCAGACCAGUGGAGAACCGCAAGAAAAUUGCCAAAAAUAUGUACUCUUGUCCCUGCUACUACUUCCCUGUGCGCUCAGGAGGGGCUGGAGGCCCUUCAUUUGUAGUGGCAGUGGAUCUUAAAUCAGGAGCUGUGCCUUAUGAUCACUGGACCAAGAGAGGAACAGCACUGCUCAUGAGUCUGGACAACUAGAGAGACAACGCACUCUAGUUCAUAUGUGUUGCACACUAGGACUAUACUUUUGUUCAGAAAUUUUGACAUAAGUUUAUGUAUUGUAUUUAACAUGUUUAAAGACAAAUGUUUUUAAAUACUUCAGUAUAUUCAUAAAUUCAGUUAACAUUUGCUGUUGAAAAUUAAACAUGGA